AUGUCCGCGGCAGACCCGGCCACAGGAGAACAGCUUUAUGCAACGCUUCUCUUGAGCGAUUCCUAUCUGCCCGGCGCUCUGGUCCUCGCCCACUCGUUGCGCGAUGCCGGCACUUCCAAGCGGCUCGCGGUUCUAGUAACAUUGGAUUCUGUCUCAGCAGAGGCCAUCACCCAGCUUAAGACCGUCUACGAUUAUGUCCUUCCUGUCUCAAGAAUUCGCAAUGAGCAAACUGCCAAUCUGCGCCUCAUGAACAGGUCCGACUUGCACUCGGCUUUUACCAAGAUCAACCUGUGGAAGCAAACUCAGUUCUCCAGAAUAGUCUACAUCGACGCCGACAUAGUGGCCUAUCGAGCUCCAGACGAGCUCUUUGAGCUGCCUCAUGCCUUCUCCGCUGCUCCGGACAUUGGAUGGCCGGAUCUUGUCAACACCGGUGUCAUGGUUCUCGUUCCGAAUAUGGGUGACUACUACGCCAUGCUCGCCAUGGCCGACAGGGGAAUUUCAUUUGAUGGUGCAGACCAAGGUCUCAUAAACAUGCAUUUUAAGCACAGUCUGAAUCGCUUAUCGUUUACUUACAAUGUCACGCCAUCCGCUCACUACCAGUACGUGCCUGCAUAUCGUCAUUUCCAAUCUAGCAUUAGCAUGGUCCAUUUCAUCGGCGCCAAUAAGCCUUGGUUUUCUGGCCGCAACGCUUCCCAUGGUGACACUCCGUUCGACGAGAUGGUCGGUCGCUGGUGGGCUGUCUAUGAUCGCCAUUAUAGAGCACAGGAGUCUGCUGUCCCACCCAGUUACAGGCAAACUUCAGGUCAACGCCCAAGCCAAGGAAUUGUAGACUCAACUCUCGCGUCGGCAUAUCCCUCUACAAAGCUGCCUCCAGGAAGUGAUGAGGCCAAGAACACUAGCCAGGCAUACAUUGAACAGAGAGCAGGUGAAUACUCGCCACGGCAAACAUCACAUGACAGUUCCAAUAUCGAUGCGUCAUAUUCACCCCAGCCGAUCCGUCCUGCGCGUCAUGAAGGUGGUACAGCUACUGAAAUUUCCACAGAUAGUCACGGCCUGGUCCAUGUCGAGACUCCACGAGAUUCUGCUGCCCAGAAUCAGAGACAGCUUCCACCACUGGCCAUGGCUAGUUGGGACGCCCAAAGGCAUCCCCCGCCACCUGGCUCAAAGCCGGAGGCGAUAGAUUUCCCAUCGACCCAUUACGAGAUGUCACGAGAUCCUGCACCCUUUAUUCCACCUGUACGCUAUCCCAGCCCACCCAAAAAUAUGUGGUACGAGAUUCCAAAAGAACCGCCAUCCCCAUCAACCAAGAUUCCAAGACAAAUAUUUCCAUGGGAAGCCCGCCAACCCGCCCCAUCACGCUCAUUUACUACCCCAACGGCGGACGAGCCCUUUGGGAAACCAAAAGCCGGCGAGUCGGAUGAACAAUAUCAAGAGCCAACUCCUGCAGAGGCAUUUGAUACGCUCCCUGGACAAUUUGCAACGGGACUCUCAGGAAGUGAUGUGGCAGACAGGGACACCACAGCAUGUAAAGGUGCUGUUUCGCCAGCGCCAGUUCCUGGUGAUCCUUGGAGUUCUUAUUCGCGAGUCAACGCUUGGGACGAUGUGCCUGAAAUCAGCCGAUAUGUUGACGGCUUGCAGAGACAUCGUCGAACGGGGAGCCAAACAAGGGGUGGAACCAUGGCGACUGUUCUAAGGCCUGCAGUAUCAGGUGAAGCGUUGCAAAUACCAAAGGCCUUUAAAGUUACAGACUUUCCAACGGAAUUGGAACGACCGAGCUUACCAGUGACGCCAGCACCGAUCAGGCGUCCCUCAUGGCGGGAGAGUCAUUACGACCCCUUCAGCUCAGCAGAGAACGCCCAGUUCCUUCCAACGGCUGAGGGUGUUCCGUCACAGUCAGAAUGGGUAUGUGUGCAUGGGAGGCGCUGGGGGCCUGCCGAUUGCCGGUGCGAUUUGGCUGACGUAGGACUUCCUUACAAGGACCCUGCUGCCCAACUUCAACUGCUAGCCCAGCAGCAAUCUGAAGCAUUGCUCCGGAAACUCAGUGGCGAUGAUGGCGUGCCAGGGAAAAUGGCAAGUCACGAAAUUCCAUCAAGACCAUUGCCUUUUGGAUCCGAACCCGGUCAGUCACCGACGUAUGUGACACGAUCCGCUCCUACAAGCGUCUUAAGCCCGCAGCCUAUACGAGGGAAGUCCCCAACGGCUGUUCUCGUCGCGGAUUUGACCGGUCGUAACGAUGCAUCGCCAGAAGGCACAACUAAAGAAGGCAACUCAGCUCCCUUAGUCAAAAAAUUGACAAAACAGGCAGCGCCUGAGUAG